AUGAAUGGAGCUGUUGAGGCUGCGAAUAAGAAUUUGAAGAAGAUAAUUCAAAAAAUGACUGAAAGACACCGUGAUUGGCACGAGAAACUCCCCUAUGCAUUAAUGGCAUAUAUAACAGCUAUUCGGACUUCUACUGGGGCCACUCCCUACAACCUCAUGUAUGGAAUGGAAGAGGUAUUGCCAGCUGAGGUCGAAAUCCCUUCUUUGCACAUUUUAAUGGAGGUCAAACUGGAUGAAACUGAUUGGAUUAAACAACGUCAUGAGCAGUUGUCUUUAAUCAAUGAGAAGAGGUUAAAUGCCAUUUGUCAUGGUCAAUGCUAUCAAAGGAGGGUGGCCCGUGCUUACAACAAGAAAGUCAGACCACGGAUAUUCGCAGAAGGAGAUAAAGUGUUGAAACAUAUUUUGCCAGUACAAGAGGAAGCUAAGGGAAAGUUUGCACCAAAUUGGCAAGGCACUUUUAUUGUCCUGAAAGUUUUGCCCGGUGGAGCUCUCAUUCUCGCAGAAAUGGGUGGGCAAGUGUUCCCUCAACCGAUCAAUUCGGAUAUGUGUAAGAAAUUUUUCAUAUGA